UGCAGUUUAAGGUUACCGACGCUGUGAGAUAGAAUCUACUUUUGGUUAGGAAUUAUUGGCUAAUUGGUUGGUUGGACCUAUACCUUUAAUUGUGCGGCUACAGUUAGUUGGAAGCUAUUUGAGUUGAGAAUGUAUACGCAUCUCAUUAGGGAAUUUACUCUAACCUCAAUUCAAGCCAACCGAUUGAUUUGCCCAAUACAUUAUUGUAGUGCUUUGAACCGUUUGUUUCCAGUUUCGAUUCUAAGACUUUCUUAAACUGAGGCUUGUGUUAUUUCUGGUUGUUGCAACCGACAUGUAGAUCGCUUUUGUUAUCAAAUGUAGAUGCACUAUAUGCGCUUGGAGGACUGUCGACUCACCUUUUCUUUUGUUCUCUUUUCCAGCCUUCCUCUCGUUACUCUGAAUCCUCUCCUAGUACAUAAAGUGCCUUCUGACUAAAUCCGGAUCUCUAAAUUACUUACACUGUUGCUUGUAUUCCUGAAUGCUAGAUAUUGGGACAUUUCGGCACGUCUGCAUUGCUGCCUCAUCACUCCCAGCAGGUGCACUGAUAAUAUGUGUUCUAUUGUGUUUGGCUACAAAGUCAUGCGUUAAAACUCAUUGCACGGAUACCAAUUUCCUACCAUCUCUAAGCGCUGCUGUUGGUAGCAACGAACCUCAAAGAACAAUAUGGAUCAUAUCGAUUCUUAUUAGUUCGGCUUGGAGGCUAUUGAUUCUAUUUAAUAGUUACAUAAAUUCCUGUAAAUUGUUCAAUUCAUACUCAGGCGGUCAUUUAUCCGUUUCCAAUUUGCCAUAUCUAUCAAGUUUUAUUGAAAUAUUUUCACUCAAUAUGCUUAGCAUUGUCUCUUCAUCUGAUAACUAUAUUCAGCAUCGCAAUUACUUCUGUGCUUUUGCUUUGUUCUCGGUGGUCUAUAUGAUAACAGAUGUUUACGUAUUACAACUCAGGCUUAAAACCAUUGAAAAUGUUUUUCUGAGUAACAUAUUACGAAAGAAGAUAUGUCUUAUGAUCUUCUACUUAAUUUGUUUGUUGGUUCUAAUACUGUGUUUCUGGAUUCACAUGACAUUUUGUCCUCCAUAUGCUUAUACUGUGUUCUCUGCAGUUGAAUAUGCUGCAAUAUUCGCGAACAUUAUCUAUCACUAUACAACCUCCAAUACAUUUGAAGAUAUAUCAAUGAGGAGAAUGAUCACUUACUUUUGCACCGGUCGAACUAUUCCAUUCGUAAAUAUGAAAUCAGAACAACCAUUGUUGGAAGUCGUUCGUAUGGUCGCUUUAACGGCGUUUUAA